UAUUCAAUAAAAGAUGAAAGGUGCACAAAUAAUAUUUGUCAACCUUUGAAGCUCAUGUGCCCAUGCAACCGAUAGCAGCGACGGGCCAGCUUAAAUAUCCUUUCAAGUUGUAUUAAGAUUUAAAAUGUUUAAAUCGAUCGAAAAAAUGUGUAUCUUGAUAAGAAAAACUUGGUGACAUUGGACUAACGUUUAUGAGAAAUGACAAGAUAGCGAUUAGUCUAUUAUAUAUUUAAUAAGGUGAUCAGGUGUGGGGUGAAUUUGUUCUAUUUAGAUCAGGUAAAAAGACCAUUUGUCUACACGUGAAUGAAAUCAACAAAGACAGACGCGAAUUACAGCUGCGCGAUGGAUUGGUUCAUUGGGUUUUUCACCUUAAUGUUGUAACUCAAUAUUGUGACUAAUUUAAAAUUGUGUUUCGUCAACUGCAAGUUGAUUUUAUAUAGAAGAUUUUUAUUCGUUUUUCAAUCUUUAAUGUGGAUUUUACAUACCUUAUUUCGUCGUUUAAUAUACGCAGAAGCUAAUUAAACGUUCAAAUUGCAUGCGUAUUACCAAGACUACUGCAUAUUACAGAAUAGGACAAAAGUGUCACUUUGUGGUAUUUUUUGGAUGAUUUUCAUUUUUUUUUAUGUGCCUUUCUGAAGUGCUUGAAUUUGAUUUUGGGAUUUACACAUGAAAUUAGUUGGAAGCAGCUUGAUUUACAACUUCUCUAAUAUUUUUAAUUUAGACUGCUCUCUAAUGACUAUUUGAGCGGAAUGUGGACGACUGUUAUUUGCAUGGUUGAUGAAGGGAUAUGACGAGAUGUGGAAUGACUGGCUAUGUGUAUGUUUGUCGGUUUGUCUGUACCUUCCAUUAAUCAAGUGUAAUACGCCAGAUGGAACUUAUACACUGUCUGUUCCGAAAGUCUAUGUUGCCUUCUCGGAAGAUCUCUAUAUCAACUACACAACACCACCAACUGUAUCCCUUCCAAAUGCUUAUAUUCGAAUACUGGCUGGAGCACAGGGAACAAAGAAGGAGAUAACAACACGUCCUCUAGAAGGUGGAAAACCAGUUGGACAAAUAAAGAUAUCUUGUGGAGAAAUAGAGUAUGCUGCUAUUCAUUAUAUCGAACUGCACAUGUAUGUUGGAGGACCUUUGCUUACUACAAUUUCCUUUCAAGUCACGUGGCCAAAAUUUCAACUCAUCUUCACUCCAUCUCACCACAUAGCACAAACAAAACCAUUGACAAUGUGGUAUACGUCAGAAGCUAAAUGUAAAUCACCCGUGAAACGCCAUAAUUUUCAUCUAGAUUUAGAGUAUACCAAGGAUGACGAAACGUCUACUAAAAAACUUAAUUUUGAAAUAAAAAAUACGAAAGUUUUCAACGAAAUAGAUACGAAAAUAGGAAGCGUUGAGUAUACAUGUGAAACUUUUGAAGUUGCAGGACGCUAUAUUGCCGUUUUACGUAAUACGUAUGACGAUUCGGAAGUAAUAGUUCAGUCAAAUAUUCUACAUGUGCAAUGGAGUACUGCUUAUAGAAUAAGCAUUUAUUCUUCAAGUGUAUUUCCAUGUGAAGGUCAUUUAUCUGUGAAGUAUGUACAACCUACUUGUCCAGGAAAUAGGGACCAGCUCCGAAUGUACUAUCUUCGUCGUACCUUGACGGGAUCGCCAGCAGUGCCUCUUAACCGUAUAUACGUCACAGAAAAGCCAGCAUUCAACAAUCAAUCAUCUGUUUUGUUUCCUUGUGGUUAUUUUGACGCCAAAGCAGUUGGGUAUUGUUUUGUCUACGUCAAUAUGGCAUCUGACGGUUCUGUAACUGAGCAGGACGAUGUAUGCAUUUCCGCCCAUCCUAAUACAGAUGGUAAAUGGGCAGUGUGGUCUGAAUGGAGUACAUGUAGUGUUACGUGUGGUACUGGUAAACGGAGUCGUGGAAGAACAUGUACAGAUCCUGAACCUGCCAAUGGAGGGAGGUUCUGUAAUGGCUUCCCUGUAGAGUUCAGACCAUGUGUAGUUGAGUGUUCAGAAGAAGAUACAGUUCCGGAUACACCACUCAAACAUCUUCAUUUAGAGGGUAGUUGUGCGUGUGGUGGAUGCACUCUGAAUGCUUCUAAAGGAGAAAUUAUCGGCACAGGAAGAUGCAAAGGAAUAUCUCAAUGGACUAUUGCUGUGGGAAAAGGACACAUUAUAAUACUCAAAUUUCAGUAUUUUAACAUUCUGAUAGAUGAGCAGUGGCUCCGUGUCAGAGAUGGCGCCAAGUCAAAUGAUAACUUACUUGCUCAAAGUUAUGGACUAAUCAAAAUUUCUAAAGUUGUGUCGUCAUCGAAUAAGCUUCUUAUUCAAUUCAAUACGAGAUUUAAUGUGUCAGUACCAUUAUUGUAUCACCGUAGGCUUCUUGCUGUUGAUCCACAUAGUAAAGGGCUUUUAUCACAUAAACUUUCAUCAUAUGGCUUCAUUGCCACAUACAAGUCGGAAGUUGACAAUUCCUCAUCGGUUGUAUUUGAUACCAUACCUCUCACCUCACACCACGAGUCAAGCAUUUGGGAGAGUACCAUAACAAUUGCUGGAAUAUCACUCUGUCUUACCGUAGUUCUCAUAUUAUGUGUUCUUGCUAUUUAUCAUAAGUUUUUCUAUCAUAAAAAACAUAAAUAUUCAAUGGCUGCCCACGAGGAAACGCCCACUCAUAUCGCCAAAAGUACCAGCAUGCACAGUUCUCCGAGUCAUCAUAGUGCUGGAAGUGGUGUCGAAAUUGACUAUGACAUGGAGCGUCCUUUAACAGGAGGUGUAAAGAAAAAGGACAGCAAUGGUCGAGUGUCACGUGGUUCAUCUGUAUCAAGUAAUCGAAGCGGAUUAAAAGUGAAAGUAAAAGCAACCGUUGAAUGUAGUCCUAAACCUAUCCUGAAACAAUAUAGUCCUAUGCCUAGUCCCAAAUUAAAUGCAAUUAAAGAUGAUAGUUCUGAAAGACAAAGUCUGUUUAACACUAGUCCUUUACUAAAUAGAAAACCGCGAUCUCCGAAAGUUCAUCCAUCACCGCGAUUUAAACAUUCAUCAAAAGCAAAAACACCAACAUCACCUGACAGUAAAUAUGAUUUAUUAAUUAAGCGACGACGGCGAAGUAAAAGUGAUAAGGUGAUUAAAGACAUAGAAGAAAGAAUAGUCCCUGGUUCCGAUGAUACCCCUGUUGUGGAGGAAAAAUCUUUUGACCCGGUCAAAAGCCCCGAUUCACAUGAUACUCUUACGCCGACUAAUUCUAAAUCACCGUGUGUUCAAAAUGAAACUGACAAACCUGUAAAGGUAGAUAUACCACUUGUGUCAUUAGCAAAGACAGAAGAAACAAGAAAUCCUGCGUCAGGUGCGUCAGACGAAUCGUCAUCGCCUGAUAAUAUCGAUCAAACUACGUCAUUUAUAUCAGAAAAACGUCCACCAAGACCUACGUCAUUAAAUGAAAUUCAUAAAAACUUCCCUUCAUCUAAUUCUGUAUCUUCAGAAAAGAGAAGAAAGUUUGGUGAUAGGAACAAAGGAUUACCACAACCCGAUGGAGAAAGUCCAAAAAGUUCAUUGACACAAUCAUCAAAGAAUUCCACACCGAGAAGUGUUCAUAGUUCUAAAAGUAAAUUAACGUUGUCACCAAGUAGAAGUAUCACCUCUGACAACCUUGAGAUGGAAUACGAUGAUUUCAUUGAUUAUGACGACCCUUUGUCUUACUUUGAUCCUGAAGAAUUAGAGAAAUUGAAGUGGAAAGGCGUUGAAAAGAUCUCACCUAAAACAAAAGAAGAAGAAGAUUGAAUCUGAAGAUAAAUAGCUGUUAUUGGUUACCACCUGAUUGUAACGCAAUAGAUAUACAAAUAUCAUAAUAUUCAUCACAUUUUACAUAUAAAGAAGCUUUUAAUUAAUAUGACGACAUUAAGAACAACACUGGUCAACAUUUGCAGGAAGCCUUUUCUGGAUACAUAUAAUUUUUCUCGUGCCUUUUUGUCUUGGUGUGUUGUCAAUUUCUAUUUAAAAGGUUAUUUGUCUAUUCCUCUUGCGGCAUAGUAAAAAAAAACACACACACACAUUCUACCAUGUGCUUGUAGACUUUCUUAUAAAUAUUUUUAGGAUAUCACAAAAGUAAUUAAUUGCAAGUACAAUGGGGAAAUUCUAAAUCUGUGAAGCCUCAUGAAUAUUUGUAUUGCGUUCUCAUUAUCAUUCAUACAGAUUACCAUUCAGUUUUUGAUACAUUUUAACAUGCAUGUAAAAUGAUGUAUAUUUUUAAUGAAUCAAAAAAGCACAAUUGUUUCAGCAAUGUUUACAUAGUGUACAACAAGAGAAGAAGAUGCCAGCGAAAGAAACAUAACAUACUGCUUAACAAAAUACGAAAGGAAAAAUACAAAUCCGAGUAACAUUCCACAGAAACAUAGAUUGAAUUAUAGGAGUUCUACCAAAUUAGGUUUUGUCGUAGUUUUCUUGAUGGUAUAACUUCUUGUUCUACUAGUUUCACUCGUCUGAUUGUUCAUUAAAAAUUACUAAAGUAAUCUGACUAACGACGACGAGAGACACGAUAGCUGGUUCAGUACUCAAAUUGUAAUCAUAUGAUAUUAAAUUUCUUUGAAAUCUACACAAGACAAACUAUUUGUGAAGAUGCAUGCUUGAACAAUGCAAAAUGUUCAUUAUUUUCUGUCGUCAAAUAAUUAAAAAUAUGAUCUCGUUUCUAGAAAAACUAAAGUUAAAUAAAUGAUUUACGUCUCAUUAACGAAACGUUUUAUUCCAUAUUAGAUUAAAGUCGCAUGUGCUUUUAAGAAAGUAUUUUAUCAUAUUUUUUUUUUUUAAGAUACAAAUACACUAAAUAAGAGAUUAUAUAUUGUUGUAAUGAGUCUACAUGUUUGUUUUUGGUUAUAAUUUAAUCUUUUUUUUUAAAGUUCUGCUAUUUGCUGCAAACGGUUUUUGGAUUUUCUUGCUCAAAAUAUGCUUUGAUCAAAUGUAUAAUGAACAAAUUCUUUUUUUUCUUCACAUUUUGAAAUAAAUGUUCAUAUUAAGCACCAGUGUAUUUUUAAAAACGCUUUCGUUUUUCGGUGAGGCCAACAAAGGCAGGAUUGUAUGAAACAAAAUAUGUAUACACAACUCAUUGCUUUGUAUGAUUAACUUAAGUGCAAUAUUUAUCUUCUUAGCAUUUCAAUACAAUGCAAAUAGCAUUAAAAGAAAAAUGAGAAAAAUACUCUUUUUGUCAAGGAAAUUGAAGGCUGCCGAGAAAAUGAUACGUUUGUAAUUUUAAUAUAAUCUUCCACUAUCAACAUGAAAAUGAUAAAUUACUGUUAUAAGUGGUUGUUUUUACCAAAAAAAUGUUUAAUGUUUAAUGCUUUUUAUUCAUGUUGUUUAAUCAUUGUGAUAUAUAUGUUUUCCUUAUUAUUUUCAGACAUUUUAAAGUUUAUCUUUAUUGAAAUUUGAAGAGACACAUACUUUUAAAUGAUAAAACAUGAGAUGCAAGUUACUGCUAUUUUUUUGUGUGCAUGCCUAAAGAUGUUUGACGUUAUUUAUUUAUAUUUUGUUAUAAAUGAUUAUUAAACAUUGAAACGUG